CAUUUUGUGAAAAAACAAACAUUUAAAAUGGAAACAAGCAACGAACAUAUCGAUCCAUCGGCUCGCCGUUACCGUACCGCAUUCACUCGUGAACAGUUGACGCGACUGGAAAAGGAAUUUUACAAGGAAAACUAUGUAUCACGACCACAACGAUGUGAGUUGGCCCUUCAACUCGGUCUUCCUGAAUCAACCAUCAAGGUUUGGUUCCAAAACCGACGCAUGAAAGACAAACGUCAACGGAUUGCCGUUGCUUGGCCAUACGCAGCCGUCUAUGCUGAUCCAAAUUUUGCAGCUUCGUUGCUUCAGGCGGCAGCCAAUUCAGUCAGCAUGCCAUACUACGCACCCAACCCAAUGAUCCCACAAAUGCCAGUGAUUCCACCGUCACAAAUACCGUCGGCUGCAGCAAAUCCUUACCCAUACGGCUACCGAUACUCUCCAUACCAGAUUCCGCAUCGAAAUGCAAUGAAUAUUCCAGCUCAUUCACAUGCAUCACCCUUGUUAACACCCCCUAGUGGACCAAUUUUCACGAGAGGAAAUCUUGUCAAUGGCUUGAACACCUCGUUUGGAAGUGAUUAUUUACAAAGUCCAAGCUCACCAAUGUCACCGCUAUCACUAUCACCUGUGUCAGAUACAAAUUCACAAGAGACACAACAGCACCAUCAAAUCAUUCAUCAUAAAAAUAACCACAACAACAACAACAACAACAACAAUAUCGGCGAAACAACGAUAAUCAAAUCAGAGAAGCCAAAAUUAUUCAAACCAUACAAAUCAGAGGAAUAAAGUCGCGAACAUUUCUUCAAUUUCAACAUUUAUCAUAUUUACAUGGUUCCAAAUCCCGGUUCUGUAAAUAGUGUAGCCUAUUGUAAAAAUUGUUUUUAAGAAAUUAGUUGCUAAGUGUUUUUUUAUCAAAAUUACAAUAUAUUGGC